AUGAACGCUGGAGAUUACGACAAAGUUCUUGAACACCUCAGAGCCGGUAAGCAUCUUGAUGAGAAAUGCAUCAUCUUGAUCUUAAGGAAAUUGCAGGAAGUUCUUUACGAAGAGCCAAAUGUUAUCAAAUUAAAUGCACCAAUCACAGUUUGUGGUGAUAUUCACGGACAGUUAUUUGACUUAUUCGAAUUGUUCCGUAUUUCCGGAGAUCCAGCUGAUACAAAAUACCUUUUCCUCGGAGAUUAUGUUGAUCGCGGCUAUUUCUCACUUGAAACAUUCAUGUACUUAGCCACAUUAAAACUUAAGUACCCAACACAAAUUUGCCUCCUUAGAGGAAAUCACGAAUGCCGCCAAGUCAGCAAACAGUACGGUUUUUACAAUGAAUGCGUUCAGAACUACGGUCAUGCAGGUAUCUGGAACCUCUGCCAGGAAACAUUCGAUAUUCUUCCAAUGGCAGCUGUAAUCGAAGAUAAAAUUUUCUGCGUCCAUGGAGGUCUCUCACCCGAAGUUCUCCUUAUCGAACAAAUCUCGCUCUGCGAUCGUCAAAUCGAAAUUCCAACCAACGGCGCCAUUGCUGAUCUUUAUUGGUCUGAUCCUGACGAAGUUCAGAGCUGGAGUGUCAGCUCUCGUGGUGCUGGAUGGCUUUUCGGUCAGCCACAGACAAAUAUUUUCUGCCAAAACAACAAGAUUAAUCUCAUUGCUCGUGCUCAUCAACUUGUUAUGGAUGGCUACGAAUAUAAAUUCGAUGAAAAGGUUAUUACUGUUUGGUCAGCUCCUAACUACGGUUAUAGAACAGGAAACAUCGCUUCUGUUAUGAAAUUAGACGCUCAGCUUAACCGCGAACUCCGUAUCUUCAAGGAAGUUCCAGAAAUUAGCUCUCAGAAGCCACAGGACUUUGUCCCUCACUAUUUCACAUAA